AUGAUCGGCCUCAGUGCAACAGUAAACAAUGGACAUGAAAUACAAAAAUGGUUGAAACAUAUUGAACAUCGUCGUUAUGAAUUGAAACAAGCAUCAUCGGUUCGUCGCGUUCGAUUGAUCAUAUCUCAUAAACGAUUCACGGAUUUACAUAAGUAUCUCUAUUUCAAUCAACAAUUACAAUCAAUUCAUCCAAUCGGUCUCAUGGACAGUGAACAAUUAAUGAAAAACGGUUCUCUUCCAAAUGAUUUCAUCUUAUCACCCAAGGAAACUUUGGCAUUGUACGAUGCCAUGAACAAUGACAUGAAUCACAAUCAUAUUCCAUUAAUGAAACAAUAUGCUCGUAAUAUACCAUCACUCGAAAACUAUUUUCAUGAUGAUUGGAUCAUUGAACGCGAAAAAUUCGAUGGUUACAGCAAGCUUGUAUGUCAACAGUUUAAUAGAAUGAUACAAGAUAAGAAUGAUACAAUGAUAAGUUUGAUCAAGAAUCAAUUAGCAGCCGAUCUCGUCAACAAAGACUAUCCUCAAUCGAUCGAGUUGCGUAAUUUAAUAAUCGAUUUUGUUUUAACAUUGCAAAAAAACAAUCAGUUACCAUGUAUUGUUUUUACUGAUUCACGGCAUUUAUGUGAAAACAUGGCCGAAUUUGUCGGUCAUCAUCUUAAGAACCAAGAAACAAAAAUUCGUCAAUCAGAAGGUUAUCAAGAAAAAAUCGAAAAAAUUAAAGAAAAACAACGUAACUUCGAAAGAGCAAAAAAUUUUUACGAAGAUAAGUUAAUGAAGAAAAAAAAAGAUACUACGAACAUGAUACAUUCUGAUUUACAAUUAUCCGCCAUCGAACAACGAACACUAGAAGGUAUUUUACCUGAAUGUACGCUAAUUACGAGAGCACCAUCGGAAACCGAAAAACAUUUCUUAGAACGAAUUAAUGACCAGAUAAAUCCCGAACUUCUAGAGUAUAUGCAACGUGGUGUAGCUUAUCAUCAUGCUGGAGUGAAUAAAUCUCAACGUACAGCCAUUGAAGCAUUAUUUCGUAGUGGUUACCUCAAAAUCGUUUUCUCCACGGCAACAUUAGCAAGUGGCAUACAUAUGCCAUGUAAAACAGUGGCAUUCGUUAAUGAUUCUAUAUGGCUUGGUGCAUUGUCCUAUAGACAAGCGUCAGGACGUGCAGGCAGAAGAGGUUUUGAUCUACAAGUAUUAUUACCAGCGAAAAAUCACAUCUUACCGGCAUUUCGUAUACGUCUAGAUAAUUAUAAUGACCUUGUUCUAUUUGUUUAUGAACAAUAUUUUCAUAGUGUCAUUUAUGACUUACGCAGACAGUUUUCACAUGUCGAACAACGUCUACCAUUAACGAAUAUUAAUUUCAAAACAUUCGAUGUUUAUGAUAAUGGUACAUUUGAAUAUCAAUUAAAUCACCAUUAUACUUGGCAAGAGAAAACAUUCAUAUCACCAUUUGCUGGUGUAUCAGGCAUUGAAAAUGAUGAUUUUCUAAACAAUUACAAUUCUUUGUCAUAUGAUUUAGCUUAUGAUUUAGAUCUCUCACCACAAACGAUACCAUUUUUUCAAAUUGAUGAUACCUAUCGGUGCAAUAGUUAUGCAUAUGAUUUCUAUAAUCAUAAAAAUUGGCAACAGCAGGUACAUCGUGUUUCACAUUUUUAA